GGCCACCCCGCGUCACCUGGACACUCUCGCCCGGCGUCUUCUCGCGAUCUUACAGCAGAUGUGGCGCCUCGGUGGCCUUGUAACUGUCCGGUUGCCCGCUUUUGUCGUAGCUCGAGGCACUGCUUUGUACGACAUCACAACAGCAGCAGCAAAAAAAAAAAAAAAAAAGAAGCCAGCCGUGACAUCAUUUACCGAUACGUUUCCCUGUCGGCUCCCAUCGAAGGACUAUUUUUGGGACUUGAUAAACCAGACCCAGCGUCUUCUGUGGACUAAGAGAAAAUGUCCCUGUCUGGGUGGGUGUGUGUGGUAACAGGUGCCUCCAGAGGCAUUGGCAGGGGAAUAGCUCUCCAGCUGUCUGAGGCAGGAGCCACCGUCUACAUCACAGGGCGCCAGGAGAAGACUCUGAAACAAACUGCUGCAGAGGUUAGGGACAGGGGUGGGAACUGUGUACCAGUUAUAUGUGAUUCUACAAAAGAUGAAGACAUUGAAGAACUGUUUGAACGGAUCAAACGAGAACAGAAUGGAAGGCUGGACAUGCUGGUUAACAAUGCCUAUGCUGGAGUACAGGCUAUUUUUGAGGGUAUGGGGAAGAAGUUCUGGGAAACUGAUCCAUCUCUUUGGGAUUCCAUCAACAACACAGGCCUCAGGGGCCACUAUAUCUUCUCAGUGUAUGCGUCUCGGUUGAUGGUGGCUCAAGGUCGCGGUUUGAUAGUCACCAUUUCAUCUAUGGGAGGGCUGCGGUAUCUCUUCAAUGUGCCAUAUGGUGUUGGUAAAGCUGCAUGUGACAGGCUGGCAGCAGACAUGGCUGUUGAGCUGAAAAGCAGGGGAGUGGCCUCUGUUAGCCUGUGGCCAGGGGCAGUACGAACAGAGCUGGUGUCUCAGUUCAUACUGGAGAAAAAUGAACCCCAGGAUGUCAUUUCUAAGUUUAAAGAUGUUUUUGCCAAUGGAGAAACCACAGAACUGAGUGGGAAGUGCAUUGUCAACCUGGCAAAAGAUAAAAAUCUGAUGUCGCUGACUGGGAAAGUUCUUAUGAAUUGGGACCUGGCAAGGCGCUACAGGAUACAAGAUGUUGAUGGGCGGAGUGUAGCUGAUUACACUUCCCUAAAAUUCCUCAUGACCCAGGUCCCAUAUCUCUCCUGGCUCUCAGUUCUUGUCCCCUCAUUCCUUCGCCUGCCCAACUUCGUGCUUACCUUGGCAAAUAGCCGGUUCUAAACAUUUCCUGUAUCAGCACUGAAGGGGCAGUUUAACAUUGUGUUUUAGCAGACUCAUAUGGUCCAAAUUCUAGCUAAACCUAUAAAAGCCACGCUAAUGGUUGUGGAUCAGAACCAUUAGUGAUGGCUUAAUGGUGACAAAAAAAAUUUACAAACUCAAACACAGUUAAACUAUUUGAUCUGACGUGUGUGUGUGUGUGUGUGUGUGUAUAUAUAUAAUACUUGAAUUAAACAUUAAGAAUGCAUUAGCAUAUUUUCUGUAUUUUAACAUUAACACUAAUCUCAGCUGCGAGUGAAGCCUCACAUUGUGAAAAUGGUUAUUAUUCAUGUAUUCUUUAAAGCAGUAUACAAAAUUACAGCAUCUAAAGCUAAAUAUUAAACAAUUUAGAACCAUAAGUGUGUAUUUUUGCACCUAUUUUUACAUUUUUUAUAUUUUAUUAUAUGUAUAUACAUGCAACACUACUACUACAACACCUAGUAAUAUUGUAAUUGACCAGCAAAUAACCGGUUAAACAAAUGAAUGUUUCCUCACUUCUGUUUACACUUCUCAUUCCUUUUUGCAAAGUAACAAAGUAUUAGUAUGUCUAAACCAAUAUAAAAACAUAUGUACUAAAUAAUGAGUGGAAUCCCCUGCAGGAAGAUUAAUAUGUACACCUAGUCUAUAUUAUUCUAUUAUUUAGAACUAAAAUACAACUGCCUUAUUUUCAGUGACAGAAGCUGAUAUGAAUUUAGCAUACUGCUUGAGGACACACAGUAUCACUGGAACAGUUGAAUGUACACCAUCUUGUUUACAGUACAAAGAAAAAUCUGACAGACUAAAUUUCUUGUUAGAAUAGUUUGUAUAUCAGUACAUCUAAACUUAAUUUUGGUGGUUACAGAAAUACUGGGCUCCCCCCAGUGCAAUUUAAAAUUGGAUUUUUCAUUGUAUUUUCUAUUUUUUUUGCUUAAACGUUCAAUUAAGUGUUGAAGUUUAUCUUCUGUCAGCUUUAUUUCGCAAAGUGACGGUCUACCUGCUGUUUGAAAGCCUUCUUCAUAAUAAUAGAAAUAAAAUUCUAGCUGUGGAAACGGUCUUCUUUGUUUAUUAUUUAGUUGGCCUAAAAGUAGUAGUAAAUAUUAAAUACACAAGGUUUAAAACUGGUGGAAUCUGCAUAUCAAGUAUGAAAAUAUGGAAAGUAUGCUCAUUGGUUGCUUCACCUUAUAACCCAGAAGCUCUAAAGCUUUGGUCCAAGGACCACUGGGGGUUUUGAGGGAGGGUACAAAUUGGCUCCCAGCAUGAACGUUAGGAAACGCCUGCUAUUAAUUGGAGUUGGGUCAAUGCAGUGUUUAAAACGAACAAAAUGAUGAUUCUCGUUGUAAAGCAUAUCAGAUGUUUGUGGC